AUGAUUCCUCUAGUUUGCCCCCGGUCUAUUUCUGUCAUUGUUGGCAAAAGGGUUGAUUCCCCCUCUGCCUCUUCUGCCUCUUGCUGGUGGAGGGAAUGGAUUGGGAUCCAUCCUUAUAGGUCUGUAAGACAACACAGCUGGUGCGUCAAGCAGAAGUGCCAGGGCCAUCUGGCCGAAUUGGACCCUCCUGCUCUUGGAUGGGAAGGGCUCCUCCCCUCUGUCCAGCUUGGAUCUCUCCAUGCCCUGGUAUUCCAGCUAUUUGCGCAACGAGGGGAUUCUCCUAAUAUGGUCAUGCCAAUCCUGGUGGAGAACCAUAAGGGAGGUCUAGCUGCUGGACCACAACAUCCGGGAGCCAACGCUAGAGGGUCUGUUGGCUGUGCAAAUCUCACGGCCUGGUGCUCCGGGCCGAGGGGAUGUGCGUCAACACGUGACGUCCUUCUUUUGGAUGCGGUGCGAUUGUGCGCGGGCGUCCCAGCACGGUCUACCGUGCAUCGAGAUGGUGAUGAGGCUCGGGUAGAAGAUGGUUAA